AUGUCUUCGAAUUCGUUUGUGAGCAGCAUCAGCCACAUUGUCAUCUCGUCAAAGCCCGGCGCUAAUAAGGACUCUGACGACCCGGACGCCUUCCGCUCCGUCCAGUUCGGCACGAACGAGCAAUCGCAAAUCUUCCCGUCAAACGCUGUCAAGACAGCCAUCUACACCGCGUACAACUUUUUGCCCAAAAAUUUAUUCAAGCAGUUCACACGUUUUUCCAAUAUUUACUUCCUGGUGAUCACGGUCUUGCAGUUGCUGCCCCAAGUGACGUCUUCGAACGGGGUGCCGACCAUGGUCGUCCCGCUGAUGUUUAUCAUCGUAGUCAGCGGCGUAAGAGAUGUCAUGGAGGACGUGCAGCGACAUCAAGCCGACGCCGAGCAGAACAGAGCCCAAGUGCAAAAGUUCACCUUCUCCGAUGGAAAAGCCAGGAGCUUCCACCCCGCAACGUGCGAAGAGUUGAAAGUUGGGGAAUUGGUUCGGGUCGGAGAGAACGAGGAGCUUCCUGCCGACAUCGCUUUGGUCGCGUCGGGCUCCCCAAACGGCCAAUGCUACGUGAUGACUGCGAAUCUAGACGGCGAGUCUUCAUUAAAACCGCGCUUCGUGCAGCCGGAGCUCUGUCGUCCUCCCUAUCGCGACUGUUUUCCCAGCGAUGGCCAGCAAUUGACAGCUCAAGCGACGACGCUUUUGUCCAGUGUAUUCAUCGAGUGCGAGCCCCCGAACCGAUCGAUCGACAAGUUCAAAGGAACGCUGGUGCUAUCGGAGACUCGCUCUCUAAGCUUGGAUAUCUCGCAUGUGUUGCUACGAGGCACGCAUCUAAAAGACACGCCCUGGGUCAUCGGCGUGGUCAUUUACACGGGAGACGACACGCGUGUGCGCCAGAAUGCCUCCGAAACACCCAUCAAGGCCAGUUGGCUGAGCCAUUUCAUCAACCAAAUCACAGUCUGGAUUGUGGUCGUGCAGGUCGUCAUCCUCAUUGUCGCCGUGGUGGUGGAGGCGCAGCUUGUGGGCUCAUCAAGCGUACAGCGCAACCCGUUUAUCCCUGACGAAAUCAAAGACAGCACGUUCGUGGACUUCGUGUGGCUCUUCCUGGCGUACAUGCUGCUCUUCUCCAACUUUGUGCCCAUUUCGUUGCAAGUCACAAUCGAUUUCACCCGCUACUUCCAAGCUCGAGCAAUUACGAAUGACCCAGGCAUGCGCUUGUCCCCCAGCAGUCCGUCCUUCUCUACGUCUUCCAACACGGUAGACAAGAAGCACGUCGUCUGCGUCCAGUCUUCCGAGCUGAACGAGGAGCUUGGGCUUGUUGAACAUAUUUUCACCGACAAGACGGGAACGCUCACCUGCAAUCGAAUGGCCUUCCGCUCGUGUCAUGUGGAUGGGGAGACGUUCGACUUUGAUGAGAAAGAUGGCUCGCUGUUGAUCUUGGAGAAGGCUGUUCACGAGGUUAUCGUAGGUGCAUUAAACCCUGAAGAAGCGCCAGACAAACCAUCACGCCGGAGAAAUACGAUCGCUCUGUCGUCCUUCCCGUUCAAGAGCACGCCCAUGCAGAGGUUCCUCAUCAAUCUGGCUGUAAACAACUCCAUCUGGCCUAGUGCGUCGUCCACGUCUCAAGCUUCGACUAAGUCCUCAAAGCCUGUGAAGAAGGAAUACGCAGGUCCGUCUCCAGAUGAGCGCGCGUUGGUGAUUGCGGCAGCACAAGCGGGUGUGGAGCUCUGUGAUCGCAACAACACGCGAGUUGUGGUGCGCGUAUACGGUAAAGAUGCUGAAUUGGAGAUACUUCACUUGUUCGAGUUCACGAGUGACCGUAAGAAGAGCUCGAUCCUGUGCCGAGAGCCGUCCGGGAGGAUCAUUCUCAUGACGAAGGGGGCAGAUUCCGUGAUCAUGGAGGCGCUGAGCGAGUCGGCCAAUAAACCGAGUACGGUGCUGCAGGCGAAGGAGCAAAUGAAGCUAUACUCCGCGAACGGAUUACGGGUUUUGUGCAUUGCUGAACGCGAGGUGAGCGCCGAUGAGUAUCGCGCUUGGAACGCUCGCUACUCGGCGCUCAAGAACAACACCACUCGGGGGGCAUCAGAGGAGGAGCUAGCGAAGAUCAUUUCAGAGCUCGAAUGUCGCCUCACAUUCGUCGGAGUUUCUGCCAUCGAGGACAAGAUUCAGGAAGGCGCCCCCGAAGCGCUAGAGAAAUUCCGAGCCGCCGGCAUUAAAGUCUGGAUGCUCACGGGCGACCGAGCCGACACGGCUACAAACGUAGCGCACGCUGUGCGGUUGGUUUCGGCCGAUAUGAGACUUCUUCGGUUAUGCGAGAGCUCGAGCUCGUGGAUGGAAGGAUCGAAGCAGGACGCGAUUGAUUUCCUCGAGAAGGAGCUGCGAAGAGCUCGUGAGGAAAGCGAACUGGGAGGAAGUGACAGUAAUUCAAGCUCAAUAACGUUCAAGAGUGGAGCAGUACCGCUGCCGAAGGCAAGAGCUGGACUUGCCCUGUUGAUUGACGAUACGGUGGUCGAAGCUGUUACGGGCUUUGGCAUCGAGAAGGAAUUCCUCGAGUUAUGCAUGGAGUGCGAAUCUGUGCUCUGCGCUCGCAUCAGUCCGAAGCAGAAGGAGUUGAUCGUAGGGAUGGUACGCAACUUCUGCCCUGACAAGGUUACGCUAUCGAUAGGUGACGGUGCAAACGACGUUCCGAUGAUCCAAGGAGCACACAUCGGAGUUGGCAUCGCUGGUGAAGAAGGACAUCAAGCCUCGGACGCCAGCGACUACUCGUUGCCAGCUUUCAGAUUCCUACAACGGCUUUUACUGGUACACGGCCGUGCCAUGAAUCGGCGGAUCGCAGUGCUGACGUUGUACGUGUUCUACAAGAACGUGCUGCUGGUGCUGCCGCAGUUCGUGUACGGCGCUUACUGUCUUUACUCCGGACAAAGCACGUAUUUCGACACGCUCCUGCAGCUGUUCAACAUUGGCUUUACGGCACUCCCGAUCCUCGUCUUCUCCAUCAAAGACGACGACAUCUCGGCACGCACGGUGCUCUUCUACCCAAGACUCUACCAGGAUGGGUACCACCACGUAUUCCUCAACCGCAGACGCUUUGCGUACUGGAUGUUCGAGGCCGUGGUCGGUUCUGCUCUGAUCAUCUUGGUACCUGCAGAGUUAUUGCCGCUCGCGCCGUGGUCUGGAACAGGAAGAGACAACGAUUUAUGGGCACUUGGCAUGGCCCAAAACCUCGCGGUUGUAGUGCUUGCCACCUCCGUGCUCUUUUGGUGGGUCGUGACGUUCGCCAUCUCCUCCAUGAUAGCGUUCGGACGGGAGUUCUACGGCAUCCUGUACGUCGGUGCCAUCACGAACGCACUCCUCCUCACGUUCUUCUGCUGCAUCACCGGGCUGACUCCAGCGUUCUUGCCGAAAGUGUGGCAAGUCUUUUUCGCGCCAGACCCACGGACAAUCUGUCGUGAGCGUGACCAGCUCCUGGUCGACUUCUCCAAGAAGAAGAGCCACGAGACCAUUUUCCCCAUCGACCAAGAAGAUACUAUCUAA